CUCUUCAACUUCUACUCUCCCAAACUUUACGACUAUUGUAGGACCAAUGUUAAUGAACUCCGAGCUCACGAACCACAUCUGGACCGACCGUACGGCAAUUCGAUAUAUACAACAUCUACUAUCAACAUGGGCCCAAGUUCGACCUCAAAAAAUCACGUCGACAACCUUAAUUCACCGCUGGUGAUGUGCGGUGUGACGUCCUUGGGACCUUAUGAUCACAAGAAGGGUGGUCACUUUGUACUAUACGAUCUCAAACUGAUUGUGGAGUUUCCAUCUGGGUGGACCGUGCAUGUACCGUCUGCCACUCUUCAGCAUGGCAACACAUGCAUUCAGAAGGGUGAGCGCCGUUAUAGCAUAACACAGUAUAUCCCUGGUGGUUUGUUUCGCUGGGUACGGCACAAGUUUCGGCUCUCAAAAGAUGUGCCCGAUGAGGAGAGGGCUGAGCUAGAUGGUACUUCGGAGGGUCGGAUUCAACAGGCGUGGGGUUUGUUUUCGAAGGUUUCCGAGUUGGAGAGUGACCGUGCUACAUUUGCCCAAUCUCUGUGA